UCUAACCUCCAAGACCAAUUCGCUGAUUCUGGAGAAACCACCAUCAGUGUCAUCAAUAAUUUGUUGAAAUCGAGUUGUCUGGGAUCACCAUUUAGUCAACUAGUUUAAUUUUGUGUCGUGAAUAAUAUUACUGUGAUCAGUGCUCUCCGUUAUCACCCCCGACGCAUGAUCUGGCCUCCGAAUUUUCUCCCUGAUCCUGAAGUGUCCUCAUUGUCACUUGCUAGUCUACCUCUAUCAUGGCUCAAUCUAGUAUCAAAUCUUUUUUUCCAACACGGAAAAGACCCGUUGUCGUAGAUUUGAAAAAAGUCUUCGACGCCCCAACAUCGAAUGUCGAGCAUGCAGCCAAGCGAAUUCGUUUAUCUCAGAAAUCUCCACCAGCUGAGGAUGACGCUGAUCUGAAGAAAAUAAAGAAAAUUGAGGCAACUCCAGAAGCAACUGGGACAUCAAGUUGUGUAAGGGUAGAGCAGCAAUCCAUCCUUGAACAACGGAAGGAAGAAGAAAUCAUUUUGGUACGUGCAUCAAAACCAGGGAACAAAAGUGGGAAAACACCUGAACCUGCAAUCUCUAAUGAACGGCCAACCACCCCUGACAAAGCCCCAUCAUUGGAAGAAAACAUCACCAGAGAUACACCAGAACCAACAAAUUCUUCAAAUUCAACAAAUCAAGAGGUAGGGCGGCCAUCCACUCCGGACAACUCUCCAUCACUGGAAGAAAAAAUCAAUGAAGGCUUAGGUUUGAAUGAUUUAAAAGUCAAAAUCAACCGGAGCAAAUAUUACAAUGCUUUAAAGGACUCACUCAGCCGAUAUCAGUCCAGAGAUGCAAGGUUGAAGGAUAUUGCUAGAAGAUUGCAAACCAACUCCUCAUUUGAAAUUGAGGUUCCCGUAAGUCCAGUGAAAUCGCCAUUGAAGCCGCAGAAACUAUUUAGCAGCCCUAUUAAAACACCACAGAAAGGCCUGGGCAGGAGAUUAGAUUAUACCAGUCCUGUCAAGCCUAACGUCUAUGUUUCACCAAGGAAACUGCUGGAAGAAAGACCAUCGCCAGUCAAAGCUGUUCCAUGUCAUUUGAAGUUUGAAUCUCUUGUCAAUGGAGAUGCUCUCAUCCUUCCUUUCAAAUAUCGCUCUUUAUUUGAAAUAUUUUGCUCUGUCGAUACUGUCUCAUCCUUGUUCCAUAACAGAAAUGAGAAAAUAACUUUCAGCAAAUUGAAGGCUGGAGUUCAAGAAAUGUUACGGAGAAAUUUUUCGGAAAGUCAUUUAGCUCAAAUCAAAACUGUUCUGCCGGGAGCAUUUGAGUUCAGUCAAGAGAAAUACCAAGUGUUCGGCAAACGUAGUGAAGCAGUAUAUCAUCUUAUAAUCAGACCAGUUAUCAAAAAUAGGAAUGGCGAUUUGCAAGAAGCUCAAUCAAGUAUGACUCCAACUGUGCUUGCUGCAAGGAAACGCGAAUUCAGCAAUUGUCUUCUUGAAAUCACAAAACGCCAUCACAGAGAAUUUUUGCUAUCACUUGAUCCUCCCUUGGACAUUCCAACUGAAAAAGUUACCCGAUGGCAUGCAGAAUUUGAAGUUAAUGCUGUACCUGAUAUCCCUCAAGCGGAGCUCCCAGUAUCUCCAGUGCAAAACAAUCAACUUUCCGCAAAAGAUGUUCUAGCAAAUGCUAAAUCUCUUCUAAAAGCAAAUGCAAAAGUUACCGCAGCCAUUGAGAACCUCUCAAAAAGACUUGAAGGUCAGACUGAAAUUGAGUCUCCUCGAAAACCUUUCCCCAGUUUCUCAGUUCCUUGUCACAGUCCGAAGCCCACCGCAACUGGAUCAGCUAUGGACGCAGUUGAAGCUGCUUCCAAAGCCUUGAAAGGUGUUCCUCAAUCUCUCCUAAAUAAGAUCAAAGCAAAACAAGCAGCAAGAGCUGUUGAAGCAAUGACAAGAUCUCCUGCACAAAACAAGAAGGCUGUCAUGUUGAGCCGAUUACCUGAAAUUGCACGGGUCGUACGCAACUUGUUUGUGGUAGAGCGGAAAAGUGUCUUACCUCUAGAUCAAGUUACAGUCAAACUCGAACACAGCUGCAGAGAGAAAUUAUCACCAGAUGAAAUUAGGUCGCACUUGUCAUUGAUCCAAGACCAUGCUCCUGAAUGGUUAUCUAUGUGUCUUGUUCGCAACGCAAAUUAUGUGAAGCUUCAUCGAACUGCUGAUGUUGAAGCUGUGAUGUUGAAGCUGAAUAAAUUAGUGGAAACUGAAGGACGUAUUUAUCACUGCAGAUAAUUUUCCUUUCUUAUUUUAACAAUGGAAAUUUCAUUUCUAGCUUUCACUCUUAUUAUCAAUUAUUCAACUCAAACUUCAUAAAUGUUGAAAGGCAUUUUGAGUAAAAUUCAAAUGGUUUGUAGAAUUAUGAUCCUAAACCUUAGCUGCACGGUCGAACUCAAUUAUUAUUACCUAAGUUAAUUUCAGCUCUUAACAUACUUUUGGUCGGUUUUUUCAAAAUUGCCUUACUACCGUUCCCUUUUUUUAGUUCUGCGAACAUUACUGACUACAUUAUUUUUUUUAUUAAUUUUUUCUCCCCCAAAAAAUUCAGCAUGUUCAAAUUCAGUUGCAUAAGUCUAGCUAUAAUCUCUUAUAAGGUAGAAUAUUUAACGUCAGAACUUGCAUUGCAGAAUCCCUUGAUUUCCCUCUUUCAAAUUUUCCUGGGAUAUAAUUUAGCUGUAAAGACGUGAAUCUUUAUUUUAUUCAUACAAUGUAAUGUGGGAUUUUUUUUCCUGUCAAUCUUAGUAGACUUUCUUGGUUUAAGAGAGUCUCAAUUUAGUUAUCAUUCAAGAGUAGACUCAUAAACAAUUUUUUAGAAUUUGCAUUUAUACAUCAGAAAUUCUAUUUUUCAUUUCUCAUUAUUGAUUAUUUUUUAAUUUAUUUUUUCUCUAUUCUUGUGAAAAUAGUCAAUUAUUUGCUAAAGAAGAAAUACCUUUGAUGUUAAGAGCAGGAUGCAGAGAAUGAAUGUCGAAUCAAAAUUCAAAACUGAAAAUGAACUUGUGCUAAAUUUUAAGCACAAACUUUCAACCUUUUCCUCUAGUUGAGAGAAGAUGAAAAAAAGAAUCAAAUGACUCCAAAAAUUCUGCAGCAAUUCAAUUCUUAAAGAUUGUUCUGACAACAAUAAGUCCUUGUUCUUAUCCGUCUUGACUUACCACUAAAAUCGUCCAAUCCGGUUUUUUCUCUGUUUCCAAAGACUCUGUGUAUAUGAAAAGAAGAGUUUGAAAGCUUGUAAAUAGAAAUUCUCUUUAUUUAACCUUGAAUCUCACCUCAAAAUUAUCCUAGAGCAAUGUUAAUAUGUUGUAAGUUGUGGUCAAUUGGAAGGGUUUUUUUUUUUCUUUUUUUUAAGUAGAACCAGUGCUUUGCAUCGUCAUGUGAAUGUUUAGUGUACAUCUGAUCACUUCCAAAUUAUUUGUCUUUAUUUUUAUAUGUGUUUAUUUUGAAUGUCCUGUAAGUUAUUUACUUGGAUCCUCCUUUCAAACGAUGGCAAAAACAUACUCACAUGUAUUAAUUUUAAGCUAAAUGUUUCAUUCCUCCAGUUGAGCUUUAAUCAAACCUUACCAUACAAUAAUCAUAAUCACCCGUAUUGCGGAAAUUUUCUGCUCAAUUCAUAAUGUUUAUCUCGAAUUCAUGAGGCAAAUGCGUAGAUUCUUGAUCAAAAAUAACUUUUCAUAAAAUAACUAGACCAGUGCUUAACACUAUGUCUGUUGAAUUUCAAAAUUUGUCUUGUUUCAGUCCACCUAAAAAUGACUUUCCAAAUUUUUAUAACAUACUUUUUGAUUACUCAGCAUGCAGUUCAUUAAAAAUUUAAUCUUUCUCAAGAGAGUUAUUAAAGUUCAUUCUAUGCCACUAAAAGCAUCCUCCUUGCCAUGCUUUGUUGUGUAAGCCAGAUUAACUUUAUCACGCUGUACUUAACUUUUACUCAGAGUUUAUAAAGAAGUAGAAAACUAACUCCCCCUCCCCCCUCCAAAGAAUUAUGCACUACCACUUGUGGUUGUUUUUGACGUUUUGUGAGAUCUCCUGCCAGUAGAAUGGAAAGAUUCUUGAUGAACGAGCUUCAAGUAUGCCUUUGUCAAUUGGUUGUUGGAGUACAAAAGUAUGUGAUUCUUCUUCAUUAUGCUCAUUUACUAUCAACUUAUUUUUGUACACUCUCAAGAGGUUUUUGCCCUUUUAAUGAAACUUUUUUCAGUUUUGUAGGUAAACAUUUUGUAGAAGAGACUUUCAAUCAAUGUCAAAUUGUCUAUCCCAGCUGGAAUAUUUGUCUCCUUUGUGUCUGUUUCCUUUAAUCAUUGUUUCUAUUGGCCAUGUAUGUUCACGCUGGGAAAAAGUAUUUAGGUUUUUUAUUUUGUGGAGUCUGAGAAGACCAUUCAAUUUUUUCACUUGUUUCCACAGAUUCUCAGGCACAAACUUUCAUUUUAGAAAUAUUGUCUUCAGUUUCAAUUGUUUUUAAACUUCAUCUGUUCCUUACCGAAUCUCUUGUUGGGUUUCACAAUCUGCAUGUUGAAUGCAGUUGUGCUGAUGAAAAGUUUCAACUUUCAGCCCUACAUUGUGGUUCUUGUUCUCCACUUCUCACUUCAACCAUUUAUUUUUGUCUUUUACAUGUGUGACAACGUAGGAAUUUCAAAGGUUUUGAAGGAGUGAAAAAAUAGAAUAGAAUGAAAUAAUUAAUUUUUAAUGCAUUCUCAAUUCGUUGUCACCAUUUAAAAAGUAACAAUAUUUUCGUUUCUUUGGUUUAUUUGUAUACCUAAAAACUGUCCUAUAUUUUUGUAUUCCUUAAAUGUUCAUGAUUGUCAGUACCUAUGUCAAUUUAUCUUCAACGAAAAUUUGUUGAUUUCAUGAAUGUUCAUUGGGUCUGUUAAUUUGAAGUGUUUGCCCUCUAUGUAAGUUUUAACAUUUAUUACUUAGUUUUCCAAAUCUGCCAAAGCCUCUGUUUGUCUUUUUCUCUAUUAUUUCAUAGGUUUUUACCAGAAUAACUUUCCUCUUAUAGAAAAAACUUAGUUUUAUAAUUCAUAACUUGUAGAUUAGUUCUUGAAUCAUGUUUUUGUUUCAUGUGAGCAUAUUAGGCGUACUUACGCUAGAAGGAAUUGUGUGGUACACUAACUUUACGCACAUAGUUUCUUUUAGCUUGAAUGCGUCAUUUUGACUGUCUAUGGAAGGAAAAGUUACUUUGUAGGAGUAUUGCCCAGGAAACAAUUAAGUGCAUCAGUUCUGUUGGAAAGAGGAUGUAGUGGCAGAUAAUAUUGUUUAGAAACCAUUAUACAGAAAUGAAAACUGCCAAGCUGACAAUUUCUAUGUCUUUGCAUCAAAAUUUCAGCACAAAUUUUGUUUUCAAAAGAAAGAAAAAAAUUAAGUUAAGUAGUAAUUUUGAAUGUAUGAUAGAUUGUAUCUUUCAGUUUAUACAUUAUUGAUGUCCUCCUUUGCCUUUCUUGCUUUUAUCAUUGAAUCGCCACAAGGUUGGAAGUACCUCUUUGCAUUUUAAUUUUUCACACAAUUUCCUCCUAUCAAACCAAAAACAAAAUUUCUUUUAUCAUCGGAGCAAGGGAUGACAUUUUGCCAUGCUGUCAGAAUCAUCUGUUUUAUUUCACGAUGACAGGUGAUUGUUAUGGUCACUUAAAACUCCACCUAUAUUGUGUCCCUUGUCCUAAAUGGAAACUUAUUCAGGCGAGUUUUUUGCAGUCUUUUUUGCUUUCUUCAAAAAUGUAAAACCUCUUAUCCAUGUUAAUGGUAUUCAAAUCUGUCAAUGACCUCACAAUAACGUAGGAUCUUUUUACUCUUUUUAAAGGAAUGUUUCCUUUUAACUUGAAGCCUCAAAUAUUAUUUGCAAACUCAUCUGAAUGGAACCCUUGCACAAACUGCAGGAAUUACUCUCAGAUUGAAAUUCAGUAAACAUUCUUGUUUCUCAAGUAAUCGGAGAUUAGUUCUUGUUGUUGGGCAGAUGAAGUGGCACUGAAUAACUAGUGCUAAAUUGUGUUCCUUUUUCUUCCAAAGACAAACUUGUAGGCUCUGGAAAUGGUUUCCAUGUCUGGAUCUCUUUUGAAUGAUUUCUCUUCUGCAUUUUCAAUGGAACUAUGGCAAUAUUUUGUGAUGCCGUACUCCCCCCUUCCCUCUUAAUUUAGUAAACACGAAGAGAAUAUGUAUUUAGUAUAAGACUCGAAUUUAGAUUAAAAAGUUUAUGUCCUCAGUUGUGUUCAUGAUCAGCAGAUUAGAUGAUGAAUUUCCAUGACACUUGAUUUGUAUACUAAUGCAUUAUUUCAUUCUUUUACUCUAAGUAAGUUUUAUUUAAGUGUGUUGACUUUCCUUUACCCACCCUUUCUUGAUUUUUUACCUACAUCUUAAGGCAAAGCACAGUAUUGGCCACAUAAUUUAAUGUCUACCUUUUUUAUUUUUAUGUCAACAUUGUUGAAUUUUCUUUUGUACUGCAUGACCUCAGUGAACAAAUAAAUCAAUGAACUUGAAUUAUA